UGACAUUUUUAAACCAGCCCCUUUCCUGGCUCUCUCUUUCUUUUCUUUUUCGGAUCAUAGUGGGAGGGAAUCAGCCAGCUCUGGAGAGCGAAGAGAUGGUGGAGAUCAUGGUAAACUAGCAUUUGGUAGAACAAGUGGCUUCAGAAAGAACAGCACUGAAACCAGAGCAGCUGAGGAAGAGCAGGAAGACGUCCGAGGCGUGCUGAAGAGGCGAGUGGAAACUCGGGAACACACAGAGGAGAGCCUGAGGCAGCAGGAAGCUGAGCAACUUGAUUUCCGUGACAUUUUAGGCAAGAAAGUCAGUACCAAAAGUUUUUCUGAGGAGGAACUGAAAGAAAUCCCAGCCGAGCAAAUGGACUUCCGAGCAAACCUGCAGCGGCAGGUCAAACCCAAGACCUUGUCAGAGGAGGAAAGGAAAGUUCAUGCUCCUCAGCAGGUAGACUUCCGCUCUGUGCUGGCCAAGAAAGGCACCCCAAAAACCCCAUUGCCAGAGAAGGUGCCACCUCCUAAGCCAGCCAUUACAGAUUUCAGAUCUGUGCUGGGCUCAAAGAAAAAGCCACCUGCGGAGAAUGGCAGUGCUAGCACCCCAGCACCAAAUGCCCGUACCAAUUCUGAAGCCCAGAAUGCGACCCCCAAUUCUCAAGCCCCUGUUGCCAAACCAGCAGUGAAAAAAGAAGAGAAGAAUGACAGAAACUGUGAACAUGGGUGCGCAGUGGUGGAUGGCGGGAUAAUUGGGAAAAAAGCUGAAAACAAAGCACCAGCAAGCAAACCCCCAGCAAGCAAAGGAACAGCACCCUCCUUUACCGAGAAGCUUCAGGAUGCUCAAGUAGUAGAUGGUGAAAAAUUGGUCUUACAAUGUCGGAUUUCCUCUGAUCCCCCUGCAGCUGUCACCUGGACUCUAGACAGCAAAACCAUCAAGUCGUCAAAGUCCACUGUCAUCUCCCAAGAAGGGACACUGUGCUCACUUACCAUUGAGAAGCCUGUGCCUGAAGAUGGGGGCGAGUACAAAUGCAUAGCUGAGAAUGCAGCAGGAAAAGCUGAAUGUGCUUGCAAAGUGCUGGUAGAAGAUGCCUCAUCCGCAAAGACCUCAAAGCCUGCUGAGAAGAAGACCAAGAAGCCUAAGACCACACUUCCCCCUGUGCUGCCAACAGAGAGCAGUGAAGCUACAGUGAAGAAGAAACCAGCUCCAAAGACUCCUCCAAAAGCAGCUACUCCUCCUCAGAUUACUCAGUUCCCAGAAGACAGAAAAGUCCGUGCGGGUGAAUCAGUGGAAUUGUUUGCCAAGGUUGUAGGAACAGCACCUAUAACUUGCACCUGGAUGAAAUUCCGUAAGCAGAUUCAGGAAAAUGAAUAUAUUAAAAUUGAGAAUGCUGAAAACAGCAGCAAACUAACAAUAUCAUCAACAAAGCAAGAACACUGUGGAUGUUACACCCUAGUCGUAGAGAACAAACUUGGCAGCAGACAAGCACAAGUCAACCUUACAGUUGUUGAUAAACCAGACCCGCCUGCCGGAACACCUUGCGCAUCAGAUAUACGGAGUUCAUCCCUCACUCUCUCGUGGUACGGCUCCUCUUACGACGGUGGAAGUGCAGUGCAAUCCUACACUGUGGAGAUCUGGAACUCAGUGGAUAACAAAUGGACAGAUCUCACUACCUGCCGCAGCACCUCUUUCAAUGUGCAGGACCUGCAGGCUGACCGGGAGUACAAAUUCCGUGUGCGAGCUGCUAACGUAUAUGGCAUCAGCGAGCCCAGUCAAGAAUCUGAGCUGGUAAAAGUUGGAGAGAAACAAGAAGAAGAAGUUAAAGAGGACGAAGCAGAACUCUCUGAUGAUGAAGGGAAAGAAACAGAGGUCGAGUAUCGGACAGUUACUAUCAACACUGAACAAAAAGUUUCAGAUGUCUAUAAUAUUGAAGAAAGACUUGGAUCGGGGAAAUUUGGACAAGUCUUUAGGCUUGUCGAAAAGAAGACUGGAAAAGUUUGGGCAGGAAAAUUUUUCAAAGCAUAUUCUGCUAAGGAAAAAGAAAACAUACGGGAUGAAAUCAGCAUCAUGAACUGUCUACAUCAUCCAAAACUUGUCCAAUGCAUAGAUGCCUUUGAAGAAAAAGCCAACAUCGUUAUGGUCUUGGAAAUGGUUUCUGGAGGAGAACUCUUUGAACGAAUCAUUGAUGAAGACUUUGAACUGACAGAGAGAGAGUGCAUUAAAUAUAUGAAGCAGAUUUCAGAAGGAGUUCAGUACAUCCAUAAGCAGGGUAUUGUCCACUUGGAUUUGAAGCCAGAAAAUAUUAUGUGUGUCAACAAGACCGGUACAAGUAUCAAACUCAUUGAUUUUGGACUUGCAAGAAGAUUAGAAAAUGCAGGUUCUCUGAAAGUUCUCUUUGGGACACCUGAGUUUGUGGCUCCAGAAGUAAUAAACUAUGAACCUAUUGGAUACGAAACAGAUAUGUGGAGUAUAGGAGUUAUCUGCUAUAUUUUGGUCAGUGGACUUUCUCCUUUCAUGGGAGACAACGACAACGAAACUCUAGCCAACGUUACCUCAGCAACGUGGGACUUCGAUGAUGAGGCUUUUGAUGAAAUCUCUGAUGAUGCCAAGGACUUUAUCAGCAAUCUACUAAAGAAAGAUAUGAAGAGUCGCUUAAAUUGUACUCAAUGCCUUCAACAUCCUUGGCUGCAAAAAGAUACCAAAAACAUGGAAGCCAAAAAACUUUCCAAAGAUAGGAUGAAGAAAUAUAUGGCCAGAAGAAAAUGGCAGAAAACAGGCCAUGCUGUCCGAGCAAUAGGAAGACUGUCGUCCAUGGCAAUGAUUUCUGGUAUGAGUGGGAGGAAGGCCUCUGGAAGCUCGCCUACCAGCCCUAUAAAUGCAGACAAAGUAGAAAAUGAAGAUGCUUUCCUUGAAGAAGUGGCUGAAGAAAAGCCCCAUGUAAAGCCAUAUUUUACUAAAACAAUCCUUGACAUUGAAGUUGUGGAAGGAAGUGCUGCUAGAUUUGACUGCAAAAUUGAAGGCUAUCCUGACCCUGAGGUAAUGUGGUACAAAGACGAUCAGCCCGUCAAGGAGUCCCGCCACUUCCAGAUAGAUUAUGAUGAGGAGGGGAACUGUUCUUUGACUAUUUCUGAAGUAUGUGGGGACGAUGAUGCCAAAUACACCUGCAAAGCUGUUAACAGCCUUGGGGAAGCCACGUGCACCGCAGAACUCCUUGUGGAAACAAUGGGAAAAGAAGGAGAAGAUGAAGAUGAGGAGGAGGAAGAAUGAAACAAGGCUCAAAGAAAAAAAA